AUGGAGUUUUCUCCCUUCCUCUUCUCAACCAUUCAGUUAGUCCUCUUCUUCUUUCCCUCAACCUCAUCGUUAGAGCAUAAUAACCUCACUGAUCUCUCAGCGUUGCUGGCCUUUAAGUCCCAGGUCGGAGAUCCUUACAACAUUCUCUCUGGCAACUGGACCACUAACACCCCCUUCUGCAAUUGGAUGGGCGUCUCAUGCAGCCGUCGAAGGCCAAGAGUUGUUUCCCUUCACCUUGCAGACUUACCCCUCCACGGCACGAUCUCCCCUCACAUCGCAAACCUCUCCUUCCUGUCCUAUCUUAACCUUACCAACAACAGCCUCGCUGGCGAAAUACCUGAGACUGUUGCACAUUUGCCUCGUCUUAAAUCACUUACCCUCAAUAGGAAUCAACUUUCUGGUUCAAUACCGCCUCCUAUCUUCAACAUGUCUUUGCUGACUGAACUUUUCCUCGAGAGAAACAACCUUUCAGGGGCCCUCCCUCCGGAUAAUGGCUUCUUUCAGAUGCUUCCUCGUAUUCAAAACCUCAGCUUGCAAAUUAACGAGCUCAGUGGAAACAUACCGUCUUCACUUUCUAAUUGCUCUCACCUUCAAAGGCUCUCUUUAUCACACAGCGCUUUUAGUGGAAACAUACCAGCGGAGCUUGGAAAAUUGAAGAAGCUUACUAUUCUGGACAUUUGGGAUAAUGAUAUCUCAGGUGGUAUACCGAGAACUUUGGGAAACCUUACGAGUUUGACUGAGUUAGAGAUCGGAGCAAACAACAUCGACGGGCGAAUUCCUGAGGAGUUGGGUGAUCUUGUGAACCUGCAAAUUUUAUAUCUAGGUCCUAGCGAUACCCUAACAGGUCCUAUACCGGUUUCAUUCUCGAACAUGUCAUCGCUCCAAGUUAUAAAUUUGUCCGAGUGCAAACUUACUGGAUCAUUACGUGUGAACUUUGGAAACAUGCCUCGACUUCGGAAGUUGUAUCUAGGAUGGAAUGAGUUAAGUGGAGGGUUAAAUUUCCUCAAAUCGCUUUCGAAUUGUGAGUUCUUAGAGUUUGUUGGAUUGUGGAAAAAUCAUCUGGAUGGUCCUCUCCCAAAUUCCAUAGGUAAUCUCUCCACAAAUCUUCAAACUCUCGCUGCUAGCUCAAACCAUAUCAAGGGUAAAAUUCCAGUUGGAAUCGGUAAUUUGUCUAGCUUGACAGUUCUUGAUUUUGGUGAUAACAAGAUAACUGGAACAAUACCAUCAGAGAUCACAAUUCUAGAAAGCCUUCAAUGGCUAAGCUUGGGUGAGAACAAAUUAUACGGCUCCGUCCCACAUGAAAUUGGCCGAUUAAGAAGUUUAAUUAAACUGUUUCUCGGUGGAAAUUCUCUCUUUGGAUCCAUACCUGACUCACUGGGAAAUCUAAGUGCACUAGAACACUUGUCGCUGCAUACCAAUGAACUAUCUUCAGAAAUUCCUCGAAGUAUAUGGAAUUUAAAUCGCCUAAUUGAAUUGGAUCUAUCACAAAACUUUGUCAAUGGAUCCCUGUCUUCAGCAGUGAGGAACAUGGUAGCCCUAGCCUCACUAAAUAUAUCAAUUAAUCAACUAUCAGGAAACAUUCCAAGUGUUUUCAAAGAGCUCCAAAUGCUAAGUAUUUUGGAUCUUUCAAACAACUCAUUUGAUGGGCAAAUUCCUGAAUCAUUUGGCGAUCUUAUUAAUGUGGCAGUUUUGAAUCUUUCAUGCAAUAAUCUCUCAGGUGUUAUACCCGAUUCCUUAGCCAAUCUCCGGCAUGUCAGCAGCAUGAAUCUAUCUUUCAACAAAUUGGAAGGACAAGUUCCAAAUGGGGGUGCGUUUUUGAAUCACACAGUUACAAGUUUGGUAGGCAAUGCAGCACUAUGUGGAGCAAUCAAGCAAGGUUUUCCACCCUGCCCUAAAGAACAUGUUUCUAAUUCGAGCUUAGGAGUGCAGUUGCUCAAGUAUCUCCUACCUGCUAUUGCUCUCAUUGCAAUCCUUGUUGCUUGCGUUUGCCUUUUCUUGAAAUUUUAUCCAAAGAAAGCCAAGAAUCCAGACACUGGAAGCAAACUAUCUCGUAAUAACUACAGAUUGGUUCCAUUCCAUGAACUUGUUCGCGCUACGGAAAAUUUUAAUGAGACAAACUUAUUGGGAAGGGGAAGCUUUGGGUCUGUCUAUAGAGGAUGUCUCGAUGACGGACUGCUUGUUGCUAUAAAGGUUUUUAAUUUGGAAGCUGAGGGAGCUUUGAGGAGUUUCGAUGCAGAAUGCAGUGCUUUGAGGAUCCUUCGUCAUCGAAAUCUAGUUAAAAUCAUCACCGUUAUUUCCAAUUCGGACUUUAGGGCACUCGUGCUUCCUUUCAUGUCUAAUGGAAGCCUUGAAAAGUGGUUGCACUCAUCGGACUAUUAUUUGAACCUACUGCAAAGGAUUAAUAUAGCGAUUGAUGUGGCAUCAGCACUUGAAUAUCUUCAUCAUAAUAGUGGUCAGGUUGUGGUGCACUGUGAUCUGAAGCCCAGCAAUGUGUUGCUGAAUGAAGACAUGACUGCACUUGUGAGUGACUUUGGCAUUGCAAAACUUUUGUUCGGUGAAAGCUGGAUGGUCACUUCAACAAGCACACCGGGGACAAUUGGCUACAUGGCUCCCUUUAUAAAUUAUAUAAAACCCCUGAACUGA